UAGACACUCUAUACAACAGGCACCUGCACUGUGAGUGAUAACGGCCAGACAAGUGGUUGUGAGUGCGGUAAAUAAGGACGAUAAACCUCUUGAAACAAGUGCAUUAUGUGAGGAGAAGAUAAUAAUAUAAUAUUGACAUGUAGUUAAUCCUACCUACUAGGAAAGCGAAUAUUAUAAUAACAAAACAAACAAUACUUCACUAAUUGGCAAAUACUAAUUAACACGUGUUUUCAUUAUCUAAUGAAAGAAAAGGUUGCAAUGUAUUGUUAAAUAGUAGAAAGGAUAACAACAUUAUCAACAGAAAGGUACAUCGCAAUAAAGCGUACAUAAUUAUCAUUAGUGAGAAGCGUACGAGCAUUUGUAAAACAAAUCUUGCUAUCAAAGAGAGAUCUAUAAUUAUCUCCGACUUUGAGUAAGUAAUUGAUAUCGAACUAGCUAAUCAGUCAAUAAUGUGCCGGCUCACAAUACAACACUCGAAAGAGUAGUGAUAGAUAAGCAGUUCAUAACAUACCACAUCACGAUGGCAGAAGAAAAGAAAAAAUCUACAGAAAAAUUAGAAGAUGAUCCAUUACGUGAUCAAAAAAAUGAACAGUUCAAAGAAAAAACAUUCCAAGAAAAGCUUGCAUAUAUCAAAGAUAACAUAACAGUUGAACCUAUGCUAGCAGGACUUAUUAUACCAAGCGUGAUCUCCAGAUUUGCAAUGGGAAAUUUUAAUUUAGACAAAGCUUGCAGAGUCAACAAAGGGUUCGGUGACGAAAUCUGUGACGCUCUGAUAAAGAAAACCAGCAAUAACUACACAUUUUACGAACAAGAGGUACAGAAACUGAUCUCGUCUAUCGACAUUUGGAGAGGACUGGUGCAGACAGCGAUUCCGUGUAUGAUCAUAAUAUUUUUAGGAGCGUGGAGUGACAGAACAGGAAAACGGAAAAUAUGUAUAUUGCUCCCCAUUCUCGGAGAAAUACUGACGUCUAUCAGCAACCUAAUCAAUGUAUACUUCUUCUACGAAAUCCCGGUUGAAAUUACUGUGUUGAUGGAGACUAUAUUCCCUGCAUUUACCGGCAGUUGGGUGACUAUGUUUCUUGGCGUAUUCAGUUAUAUCAGUGACAUCACUUCAGUGGAAACGAGGACUUUUCGAGUGGGUCUUGUGAACUUCUGUAUGACAGCUGGUCUCCCUCUUGGGAUCGGUAUAAGUGGAUAUCUAUUGAAGAACAUGGGAUACUACGGUAUUUUCAGUGUGACUUUGGUGGCGUUCAUUGUUAUUCUUGCAUACGGAUGUUUUUGCUUAAAAGAGCCCGAACAGUGGUUACGAGACAAAGGCCUUCCUGUGAUAGAACGAGAGAAGCAAGGACACGUGUCCUUCUUCGAUGUAACGCAUGUAUCAGAUACAGUGGUUGUGGCCUAUCGGCAACGGGAAAGCAACGGAAGAACAAAAGUACUACUCACUCUGUUCUGCGUAUUCAUACUUUACGGGCCUAGCAUGUCGGAACACUCGGUAUUUUACCUGUACUUGAGAAACCAACUCAACUGGGACAUGGUAAAAUACGGGGUCUUCACCAGCUACUCCAUCGUGUUGCAUUCUAUUGGUGCAAUGUUCACAAUAACAGUACUCAGCAAGAAGCUACAGGUCGAAGACUCGUUGCUCUGCACCAUCUCCAUCAUGAGCAAGUUCGUCGGCUCCAUUUGGAUUGCUUUCGUCACUACUGAUAUCGAGAUGUAUCUGGUUCCUGUCGUCGAGUUUUUCAACGCGAGUACCUUCACAUCGCUGCGAUCCAUUAUUUCGAAAUUGGUGGAAAAAGAUGAGACAGCAAAAGUAAACUCGCUGUUCUCCCUCACGGAGACAGUAGCCGCGCUGGUGUUCCAGCCGCUCUACACGUGGAUCUACAUGCGGACUCUGAACGUGUUCCCUGGAACCGUCUUCAUCAUGAGUGCUGCGUUCAUCAUACCAGCCGUUAUCGUGCUGCUAAUGUUCUAUGUCAAGAUCAAAAUGGAAUCUAAGAGUGCAAGAAAAAUCGCUUUCGAAGCACAAGAGAAAAGAGAUGCUGAAGAAAAAAAAGCAGAGCCUCUGGACUUUUUGAGGUCCAAUAUAGAACCAAUUGAAAAUGCAGAAGUCAUAAAGUAACUUUGGGUUUAUCUCACACAUUUUGAGAAGUGAUUGAGCACAGGAUAGUUUUGUUUGAAUAGCUCUUAAGUAUUGAUUCUAAACAUGUUACUCGAGAUGCAAAUGUUAAACUGUCAAGAACAUUUUAAAUUUGAACAUGACGAACGUUCAGGACGCCAAAUCCUACAAAAUGUGUUCAACCCCGAAAAAGUCAAGGGUUUCUCAAAAAUUACCUAAGUACACACUGUAUAAAAAUAUGGCGUUAAGAUAUCAGUUCAGUUUAGGGCUUAUCAAAAACAUUUUCUAUAAGACAUUUAUUUCACUUUAAUUUAAAUCAGUAUUAUAUAAGAAUUUGUAGGUACAAAACAAUUCAUUAGCUCUACCAUUGUUAACUAGAGCAUCUGCUAGUCUGCUGUCAAAUUUAUUUACCAAUAUUUGAAAUAUUUAGGGACCUAUCGACGAAUUGAAACAAGAAGUAAUUACCAUAUAAGAACCUUUAUAAUUAAGCCAAAUUAUUCAUUCAUCCAUUUAUUCAUACUUACCUGUAGCCAUGGUGAUUUUAAACAAAAAUAACUUAACCAUGUGGCUUGAUUAGUGAAGGAAGCUUCAAGUAACGUAAAACGUCUUUGUUACCAUAGAAAUAAGGAUGUGUGCAGAUAUAUAUAUGACCCUCUUGGCCGUCACUAUGUUAUUGAUGUUGACUGCAAUAUGAAAAGUGAAAAUAUAAUUUAUAUGUAGGUAUUAUAAGAAUAAAAAUGUGAGAAUAUUAUUAUGUAAGAAUAUUCUUAAUACUUCAUUUUUAAUCUCGGCCUGAAUGUUAAGUAGAAGAGUUGGCUUCAACUAUUUCGAAGACUGAUACAAAGAGCAUAUAAUCACUACGUUUUAAGAGUCGGCACUCUCGAACAAUCCUCGAACCGAAUUAUGAACGUACAUAUCCCAACACACCAAAUACAGGCUUAAAGAUCUCGCAUCCAGGCCAUAAUUGUUAAAAAAAGAAAAACCACACAAUACUACCAACACAAAAAAAACAACGCUAGGGCUCGACACUUCCAGUACCUACUGUUUAUCGAUAUCGAUAAAUGUGCGAUACGUGCUGCUGUAUUUACCUACUGUACUACCUAUUAAUAAAAUAAAAGAACAUUAUAUAUAUAUAAACAAUUUUAUUUUACAUGAUAAAAAUAACAUAGUUUAUUAUUCAAGUAGGCAUAUUACAAUAUGCUGAAUUCGCGCGCAUUCUUUUUUAAUCUGGUCCCUUUUUAUUGAAGGCACUGGAUGGAGAAUGAUUUCCACAAAUGAACUUGUUUCCAUUCAGCUUUUGAAUAGGUAAAUAAAUACGCCAAAUCCUCAUUUCCUUUUCCUCAGCUUUGCCCAUAAUCGACAUCUGAAAUAAAGAGAUUAUCGAUAAAAUUGGUCGUACACUAUUCGUGUCAUAGGUUACUUAGUUUUUUACUUAAAAAUACUUUAUUCACAAAAUAUUUUCGUUUUAAUCAUGGAUUGUACACGACUAAAACUAAUUAAAUUAGUAACUGUUAACGACUCAAAGUAAAAAAUGAAAAUAUUGCAUACAAACAUCAGUUUACCGACCUGUUCGGAUCAAGUUGGAAAUUUGGCCAAAAAUGCGUCAGUAGUUAGUCUUCUUACACACCCACUACAAACUUCACAUUUCCUUAAAGAUUUGGCCCCCAUUUAAAUAACAGCUAAAGUUAUUUUACCAAUUACAAUAAAAAAUAACCACGUAUUUCCACGUUCACGACAAUUCAAAUGACGUUUGACGUUUUACUACCAAUCAUACCAACCUAAAGAAAAGUAAGUAUAAUACGUCUAUGUUAAAAGCAAGUAUGGUAUGUGCCACCAAAAUGCAACAGCAGUCAUUUUAAUUCGAUAAGAUUAUUUCUAUGCCUCAAUGUUGGUAACAAGGGCUUUCAUAAUUUAUCAAAGUAUGGGGUGUCGAUGGGCUGGACUGAUAUUGAGAGUAUUCAAAAGUAUUUCCUUUUUUUUUAUUGGUUGAAUAGAUCAUUAGAAUAUGGAUUACAACCGUCUCACUUUUGCGGACUAAUAAUUUUGUUUGGUUUUUAGUACCCUGUACUUCUGGCAGAAAACCAGAGAUGCCAGCAAAAUUAUUGUGUUUUUUAAUAAUAAUUACCAAAUAGUUUCCACAAAAAUAAGGUGGUUAAAGUUGAAAAUGUUCAUAUUACCAUUGAGAGUAUGAUCAUAUUUCAAGAUUUGUCACAAAAAUGUAUGUUAUUAUGUUAUUGUCAUAAGUUAGAAAUUAAAUGUUUGAGAGACCUUUUUUUAAGUUAUCAUGUCAAUGACCGAAAAUACUUCAGUGUCAUGAA